AUGUCUAGAGAAGACCCAAUUAAAGCAGAAAAGGAUUUUUCAGCUACCUUAGAUGAGCAAUUUCCAAUAAUUGAAAAAAUAUCCGAUUACAAGCAAGCUUUGGAUAAGUAUCUUGUUUUGGAAAAACAAACUCGUCAAUCCUCCGAUUUGGCUUCCUCCAAGAGAGUUCUUAACAAGAUAGUAAGCACUUUGGUUAAUAACAAUGAUUGGGAAUACUUGAAUGACUUGAUCACCAUCUUGUCUAAGAAACAUGGACAAUUAAAGUCCUCUAUCCAGGCAUUCAUUAAGGAUGUAAUUGAUAAUUUGGAUAAAUUGAAUGAAGACAACAAACAAGAAUUAGAACUCAAAAUGAAAUUGAUUGAAACCAUUAGAACUGUUACUGACAAAAAGAUCUUUGUUGAAGUGGAAAGGGCUAUCGUUUCAAGACAAUUGGCUGAAAUCUAUUUGAACAAGUUGAAUGAUUUGGAUAAAGCCGUCGAAAUAUUGUGCGAUUUGCAAGUCGAAACUUAUUCGUUAAUGGCCUUCAGUGACAAAGUUGAAUACAUUUUGGAGCAAAUUCAAUUGACUUUAAAGAAAGGUGAUUAUUCCCAAGCAAAGAUUUUGAGUAGAAAGAUUUUGUUGAAAGCUUUAAAGAACUUUGAAAAAGCUGACGAGUUUAAAGCCACUUACUUGAAAUAUUUGAUUGACAUUAAUGUGUUUGACUAUGAUUACAUUUCCAUUGUUAAAAAUUUGUUGUUGUUGAUUGAAAUCCCAGCCGUUAAAAGUUCAAACACUAUUGCAGAAGAUUACAAGAGAAUCAUUUUCUACAUCAUAUUAUCCAAAUUCGACCCUCACCAACAAGAUUUGAUUAACAAGAUUAAGGCUAAUCCUGUUUUUGGCAAGAAUGUCGAUGCCAAGAUCUUUAAGCUUUUGGAUAUUUUCACUACAAAUGAAUUGAUCCAUUGGUCUAACAUUGAAUCCUUAUACAAGAGUGCAUUCUCAUCCUCCGAGAUUUUUGCUGACGAAACUAAUUAUAAGAACUUGCAAAAAAGAAUCAUUGAACAUAAUCUCCGUAUAAUUAAUAAGUACUACCAGUUCAUCAAAUUGGAUAGAUUAGCUUAUUUAUUACAAUUAUCAGUAGAGGAAUCCGAACAAUAUGUGAGUGAUUUGGUUAAUGAAGGUAUGAUUGUGGCCAAGAUCAAUCGUCCACAAGGUACAGUCAAGUUUGACAAGGCCAAACAUACCGAAGGAAGUGAUCCAAGAACUAGUGAUAACCAUAUUAAUGCAUUGUUAAACGACUGGUGUUACGAUAUUGACAAGCUUUUGGAAGAAGUGGAUUCCAUUGGUCAUUUGAUAAAUAAGGAAGAAAUGAUGUAUGGUAUAAAACAAAAGAGUUAG